AUGCCAUCCAAGAAGAAAGAUAUGCCAUAUUCGUGGGAGAUGGUCGUUGAGGCCAACCGCCACGGCACGGUCGGGGACGUCGACCUCGCACUACUCUCUGCCUUUGAGGAGUCAGAGAAAGCAUACGAAAUUUGUGUGGAUUCUGCUCGUGUGAAUGCGACACUGAAUAACAAAGUCGAUCGACUAGAAUACCUGCUGGACGAGGGUCACAUCGACAUGAACAAAAUAGGUCCAGCAUCAGUCGCUUCGUCGUUUGGCGAUUCGUCUCCGAAGGAUCUUGCCGCGAUGCUCGUCUCCCGUGGUUGGGACAUCAAUCAGAUCCAACCGACAAGAGGCACAUAUCAUUCACCGGCGUCGAAUGAAUUCAACAAGAAAUUGAUUCAACUUGUCUGUAGAGACGAGGAAAUGGUUCGUUGGUGUCUGGAUAAAGGAGCCACCAUCGAAGAGUCAGAUGAGACCUUACUUGCAGAUGUUGCCUCGUUCGGAAGCAUCGAUACAUGCAGAAUUCUACUGGAACAUGGUGCACCGAUCAGCGAGUCAACUCUCCACAAUGCUGCGUGGCGUGGUAGACCCGAGAUGGUCACUUAUCUCGUCGGCGAGGUUGGAUUAGACGUCAACAAGGUAUACCAAGGCCGCCACGAGCCAAUGCUCCAACAUCGAACACCGCUAUGCUCUGCAGUAAUUUCUCCAUUCCUCAAUGGACCAGGAGAAGUUGUCAAGAUCUUACUUGAACGAGGGGCCGAUCCGUGUCUCGAGAGUAAUAAUGCUUUCGAUGAAGCAAAGAGUCGUCUGAUAAUCGACAUACUGAAUGAAUGGAAGCACCGAGAUGAGAAGACCCAGGAAGAACCCAAGGCUAAAAGACGAAAACAAGCAAACAGAACGUUUCUGGUGGCCCAAGGAAAAAGAGUUGAAAACACACUCUUGUGA